GGUGGCUAUUGGGCACGCUUGGUUGCGGAGAACGACAUAAUCGUUUGACAUGGCGCUCGUCAGUUGCAUCAGCGCGAGCUCGGGCUCUCGUAGCAAUACAUCCAGACAAAAUAGACGGCUCGGGGACUUCAAGGUGGGAUGGACGGCGCCAAGAUUGGGGUAAAUUGGAAGCUCGGUGGACAACGGUCCAUUGCUGCCGCCACAUUUGACCAAGGAAGAGACAAAUUGAACGUCACGCCCAAUGGGGCCACAGCAGUCCGAGUCGACAGAAACGGAGCGCAUACGACGAUUAGAGGCGGGAGCAGCGUUCGAGCGCACUUUGCGGCUGCGACCGCCAUAGUCCUCGUCACGCUAAUUCCGAGUGCGAUCAUCGCCACCCAGGUUUCGGCUGCGACUACACGGCGCGUCUCGUUUGGAUGGAGGAUUGUGGCCGCCACUACGCGCGGCACCAGAACCACCCCCGCUGCGAUCAUCGCUGCCGUCGCGGUCACGUCGGUCAUGGCAGGGGUAGCCAUCGCAUAUCUUGCUUGAUGACAAGCGGCGCAGCUUUUUGCCGUACUUUUUGAAAAUGUCUUGAGGGAAACCUUCACACUUCGCACUGUGGAAAUAAUCCGAGAGCAGGACUUUGCAGUUGGUGAGAACAUGCUCCAAGUCGCCGCAGUGGAAGCAUGCGGGUCUUAUGUAGUCAUGGCACUUGACG